AUGGCCGCAGGCCUUCUCGAGGUGUCUUCUCUUCCCUCAAGAUUUUCUCCCGACAGGAUCAUGGCGAGUGCUGCGUAUCCGGACUUGCCUGCCACGAAAACGAAGGAUGAAGAGUCGCAAACCGACGCCCAUUCAACAGUGGACGACACUACAAGCUACAAAGAGCUGGUUGCGGAAGAGUACGAUCAUGCAAUCAAGUACCGGACAUGCUCGUGGGAGAAGACCGCAGCUCUGUUGUUCUCUGAAUAUAUUUGCCUUGCUAUUACUUCGUUUCCAUGGUCAUACUCGGUUCUUGGCCUUGUGCCGGGAAUUAUCUUGACCAUAGUCGUUGCAGGCAUCGUCCAAUAUACCUCCCUCGUUCUCUGGAGGUUCUGCCUCAAGCACCCCGAUGUCCGUGAUGCCUGCGACAUAGGGAAACUUCUUUUUGGGGGAUCGCAACUAGCCUACAACGCCACGGCAGUAUUCUUCUUCCUGAAUAAUACCUUCAUACAAGCCUUGCACGUCCUAGUGGGCGCGGAGCUGCUCAACACGCUCACAAAUUCGCCGGUGUGCACGAUCGUCUACAGCGUUGUCACUGUCGUAGUUUGCUUCGUCGUUACCCUGCCCCGAACGCUCAAUCAGCUCAGCUCGCUCGGCACCUUCAGCGCCCUAUUCAUGGGGAUAGCAAUCUUACUCUGCAUCAUCUUUGCGGGAGUGCAAGACCAUCCGUUCGGCUUCAUAGCUGGCCAGAAUCCCAUCGUCACUGCCAUCCCAAUCAAGGGCACCAGCUUUGUUUCUGGCAUGUCGGCGUUUUUGAACAUCACGUACACUCUAGUUGGACAAAUUGUACUCCCCUCGUUCAUUGCGGAGAUGAAGGACCCCAACGAGUUUCCGAAAGCUCUCUGGGCCGUCACCAUUUCCGAGGUUAUUGUAUAUAUACUCUGUGGAGCCCUAGUAUAUCACUGGACAGGUAAUCAAUACGUGACAGCGCCGGCGUUCGGAGCCCUGCAACCUGUUUUGAAGAAGAUUGCAUUUUCCUUUGCCAUCCCGACCAUCAUAUUCCUGGGUGCACUGUACUCGUCGAUAACAUCGCGCUUCAUUUUCUUCCGCAUCUUCCGCAACUCUCAUCACCGCCAUUCGAACACGUUCAUUGGAUGGUCGGCAUGGGCCGGGAUCAUUGCCGCGACGUGGAUAGUCGCGUUCGUGAUCGCAGAGGUGAUCCCGUUCUUCUCGGACAUGCUCAGUCUCAUGAGCUCCCUUUUCGAUUCAUGGUUCGGAUUCAUCUUCUGGGGCAUGGCCUACCUUCGUAUGCAUCCUGGUCCAAAACGGUGGGCCGGUCCGUGGCGGUCACUGGAGACCCUCGUGAAUUAUUUCUUAAUCUUAUUGGGUGCAUACAUCUUUGUAGCAGGAACCUACACCUCUAUUAAAUCCAUCGUGGAUUCCUACCAGCAACGACUCUUCGGUUCCGCUUUCUCAUGUGCUAGCAACGCAAUCUAA